AGUGUGCAGCGUGGAACUAAACCCUGUGAAAACUAACGGUGUGUGUGCGGUUGCACUCCGGUUGUCUAUUAGUAGCUGUUUAUGUGUCCAGCAGUCCGGAUCGAGAUAGAUCGUUGAUUCUAGCCAGCUGGUAUGGUGUAAAAUUAGCGUGUGUGAGCUGGUAUUAUAGAUGCUUUCGCGGAAUGACAUUAGCGUUGCUACAGCAGAAUACCGACUAUACCACCUAUCCGCUAUAGUAAUGCACUUUGCAACAUUUGAAUCGUGCAGGGAAAUAAGCACGAAAACGGCGGACAAGAAAAGCGCGUCUGCCUCUGCCGGGUUGCUGGUGGCGAAACAUUUGCGUGUCUCUGCCCUGUCCGAGUCGGAUACCAGUGCAAUCGACGAGUACAGCGACGUGUCCCUACAGGACGAGGGUGAACAAAUGGUACCCUUUAGCGACAGCGACAUCUUAACACCAGGAAGCGUGACGACACGUUUAUUGCCCAGCGUGCAGUUUUCGGUGCGCCUCAUGUCGGAUGUUGAGGCAAAUACAGUGAGGGUCACCAUGAAGGGCAUCAGCAAUCUGUCGAGCAAGUAUAACCACUGCGUCAGAUACCAGGUCACCUUACGGGAGGCAUCUGGUAGGGGACAUAAAAUACUGCUCCCCGUCAAGAAGAGAUUGACCGAACCGGGUGGCAUUGAAAACGAAUUCGACUUCGUCGUUGCGAAGGUGGUCGCGCAUAACUUGACGUUACGUGUCUGCGUGUAUGCGAAGGACGCGACUGAGCAUGAGAUCUGGUUAGUAGGGGAGCUACUGGUACCCUGCUGCAACGUACGUUGGACGACGCCCGAACGAAUAUACAGCGAAGAAUUGAAUACGAAAUUGCGACGGAAGAAGUCGGGCGCGGCGAAGCAACUUGUGAGGAAGCUGUCGUCUAGCCUUCGACCACAGCAGCAGAGCAUCAACAGAUCCGCGUCGUGGUCUGGCUCGCUACAUCAGGAUAGCACUGAUCAGGCUGAAGUAGUGCAUGUCGAAGUCGGUCAGUUAUUCAUACUGCUGCGGUACGAGGACAACGCGAAUCGCAUAAAUGUUGUCAUUAAGGAAGCCAAAAAACUACCGAUGCUCAACUGGCUUCCUAGGCGUCCUGAAUACUAUGUAAGCACACAUCUCAUGAGAAAUUCUGAUACACUUACGACUAAUGACACAGAGAACGCCCGUGGUUACAAUCCAGUCUGGAACCAAUCCUUCUCGUUCAGGAUACCUAACUUCGAGAAUCAAGGGUACUGGUUAAAAUUUGUCGUGUGGAGGGUGGCACUCUAUGAUCGGAAUUCGGACGUAGGCGAGGUUUGUGUCGGAUACAAUAAACCAGGAGCCUCUCACUGGGAGGAGGUAAUACAGCCAAGUGGGACCGAAGCCGCAAGAUGGCACUCUAUUCUUUCGGCGCAAACGAGACCACGGGGCUGCCAAGCGAGCAGCCUCGGCCAUCUCUAUCGAUCACAGAGCCAUUAUUAUCCAAAAUAGUACCAGCGUUAUCAGCCGCAGUGGGUAGGGCAUCUGCACAAGGCGCUACGUGCAAGCGAGUCCUGCUCCGCAUGUUGCAGUAUAACAUGGAAUAGCCUGCAACCGUAACUUUACGAACCCGGAUAAAGAAAAGACUUAAAUGUUUGGCUCACACGCAUAAUUUUUUAGCGCGCCAUAACUUAUAUAUAAUAUAUAUGGCUUAUAUAUAACUUAUAUAUGACUAAUAUUAAUAACAGCGAAAAUCUACUCGGACCUACGUGGAACAAAUUUCGAUUAAGGAGGUUUUAGCGUGUUAACAAUAUCCCGUAUGGUCUUCAAUGAUUUGAUUCGAUAUACAUAGCAUAAAUCGGGUAUUAGUAAAUAUCAUGCGUAUAAUCCAGGUAGGCCUUAUAAUCAAUAGAAGAUCAAUAUGUAUGAGCUUUCCAAAUUAGAAUAAAAUAUUUUAAAUGAAGCCAAUUACUGUGUAUAUUUAAAUCACGAAGCCAGGCAAUUAUUAAUACAUGGUUUCACAAAAGUGUGAAUUAUUUUUUCAAGGACCUUUUAAGAACAUCUCAAGAACAUGUGUUUUUUUCAAGGACAAUCUGCGACAAGUAGUUUUAGCUUUUGAGAGUCAUCAUAUAUACCUUAGAUUCAUAUAUAAAGUAAAAAUUGUUGUUUUAGACGAGUGCGGACAGCAGAUUAUACAGCUGCCGAGUACCGACGUACACAAUAGUUGUUUCAUAAUAUCAUUCACGUAGAUUCAUUUCACAGUCCUGUAACAAUAUGUAAAGCUUUGAUGUAACAUGUAUCACUCAGAACUAUGUAUCACACAAUGUACUGUAUCACUCAGAAAUGUUAUUAUUUUAACUGCUCAACACUAUUGCAUUUAUCAGAUUUUUUUUUCAUAAUUUUCGUAUUUGUAGUUGAAAUACAUGCAAUAAAGAUUUAACAAUAAUAAUAAUAAACA